CAAAGCUCGUCUUCGUGCCAUGGUUAUGGAAUAAAAUGGCUUUCAUCAAGCGGAAAACAGUCAAGUUUUCAGUGGAUUUACAAGUAUGUCAACUAUCAGAUGUUCCACUAGUGAAUGCCACUGUUUUUGGAAAAAUGCGGUUACUAGAUGGAGGAUCGUUUGAAGAAGCUACGGAACGAGUUGAAGUGAAAAACCAUAGCGCCUCAUUCAACACACGAUUUGUAUUCUGCUGUCGGAUUCCAUGUGAUCAAACUUCGGGAACACUGGAAAAGUGUCUGUGCCGAGUUUCUAUAAGAAAAGAACAAAAAGGAGGAAAAUCGUAUUACAAGCUCGGUUUUGUCGAUAUCAACCUCUCCGAAUAUGCAGCUUCCGGUGUUGAAGGAAUCUCGAGGACCUAUCUUUUAAACGGCUACACUAGCAAUCAAAGAUUGGAUAACUCCAAAGUGUGCAUCAAAGUUGCAAUGACACAUCAAAGUGCAGACCCAUUCUUCAGAGUGCCUCGCCUGUCAACGUUCGGUCCACGACAAGAUGGAGCUAUUGAUCAAGAUGGUUUUCGAGCAGACGAUGAAACUGAUUCCGAAGAAGGAACAUCGUCUCAUCCGAAGCUUUCCAAUGUAGAUGUUCUAGAAAGUUCAUCCGCCGCUAGCAACUCGCAAGUCGACGAACCAGUUGUCGAACGACGAGUAAUACAUCCACCACAACAUCCAACCUGCCAACUACGACGAUUUAGUCAAGAUCGAUCUGCUCAAAAAAUUCAACACUCCAGAUUCGAUGCAGACAACGUGAUUGACAAAAUCAUUGCCGAAUGUCGAAUAUCGGAAGAUGAAGUGGAGAGUAACAGCGGAGGCUUGGUGCUCGAGAAAUUCUUGGAUAAACAUGGAAAGCCACUUGUCAAUCCACGUCAACCCGUGAAACGGACGUCUUAUGUGGCUGAACAUUUCAAUGAUGCGUGAAAAAAUUUUCCCGUUUUGUUCUAAAUUCGAAAAUUUUCUUAUUUCUACUACUUAUUUACUUUGAAACUAUGUGCAUCAUUUUGAUGACUGCCUUUUUCAUCUUACAAGCACUUUCUGGUUUUUGAUAUACGGUUUCUUCGUCUCAUGUUAAUUCUAUUUUGAUUGUAUUACCAAUGGGUCUUCUUUUUCAAGCAGCUAAAUUAUUUUCACUGUUCGGGUGAUUAGAAAACUUUAACAAAUAAAAUGAUUGUCUGACA